AGCACAUCUGGGAACAAUGCUGGAAAUUCUUUUCGGAUGACAUACUAUAUAGGCAACGUCGUUUGAUGCAAUAUCAAGGAAAAACUUUUAUUUGGAAGACAUUAUCAGCUGCAUUGCGUAGCAAAGGUGAGAUUGUUCUUAAUGUCGCAUCCAGUGGAAUAGCCUCUCUUCUUUUGCCAGGAGGGAGAACAGCUCAUUCCAGAUUUGCAAUACCUAUAAACAUCAACGAGGAUUCAACUUGCAAUAUAAAACAAGGAAGUCAAUUGGCAGGGCUCAUCCGAGCUUGCAAACUUAUUAUCUGGGAUGAGGCUCCAAUGGUUCAUAAGCAUUGUUUUGAAGCGCUUGAUAAAAGCAUGCGGGAUAUAUUGCAUUUAACCAACCCAGUGAGUUAUACA